AUGGAUGAUGAGCUGUUGGACAGGCUCCUAUUCGGUACAGCAGAAAUAAGAGGCAUGACUUCUGGAAAGAGAAAUGAGAAAUAUUUCUUUACGCAUUCGUUAGAACAGAGUAAAAUUGAUAUGAAAAAGUGUUUCAAGAAUCUUAUAACUUCCAAAUUUUUCGUUUUUUUCCUUUUUACCUUGCUACAUCUGUUCGUACAGAAUACGUCCAUUUCUGAUGAGAGGAACAUUUACGGAGAACUGCAACUGAGUUAUACAUAUUCAAGAAAAUUAGCCGAGAAAGAAAAAACUUCUCGUGCUAGAAAGGCUCCCGCUAACAGGGUGAAAAAGAAAAAGGUGUCUACGUCUUCCUUGAAAAAGGAGGAACCUCCCCAGAAUACAGGGGAGACAGGAGGAAGUGGAGAUGCCACAGGAGCCAGGGCCAGUGUGAAGGCCGCCAACAGUGGUGCGGCAAAAACUGGUGCUGGUGUGAAGGCAGGCAGCAGUGGUGCGGCUAAAACUAGCGGGGAGGCGGCAAAAACUAGCAGCGAUACAGCAAAAGCUAGCGGAAACGCGGCUAAAACUAGCGGAGACGCUGCAAAAACUAAUGGCGACGCGACAGCCUCUUCCGGUAGUGCUGCAGAGAAAACUAGUGGUGAUACCGCAACCACUGUCAGCGAUGCGGCAGUCCCCACUAGUGAUGCGGCUACCUCGAGUAGUGAUGCAACAUCCUCGGGUAAUGACGCAACUUCCUCGAGUAGUGACGCAACAGCCUCGAGCAACGAUGCGACGACAAUCAAUGGCGACGCGACAGGGACAAGUAGCGCUGGCACAACCAGUGGAGACUCCGCAGCAAGCAGCGGCGAAUCGACUACCUCCAGUGGCGAGGCGACCACAUCCGCUGGUAAAGAGAAAGUAAUGCGCAGUUGCUUGAAAAAGGCGACAAGUCCAAAAAGAGAAAAGCGAAAUGUACACUUUGCUGAUCCUAUAUCACGUGAAAAAAUAUUUUAUAAAGAUGAAUGUAUAGGGUACACUGGGGAAAAUGAGGAGAAAGAAAAAAAAGUAGAAAAAGCAGAAAAAGAAAAAAAAAUAAAAAAAGUAGAAGAAAAAAAGGUGGGAAACGAGGGAAGCGACAUUGUAAGCAAAAAAGCAAAAAAAAAAAGAGCCUUGUUUUUUGGCUUUUUGAAAAAGAAAAAAAAGAAAAAAACACUAAAAGCGAAGGUAAAGACCUCUGAAUCGAUAGUAAAGGCAAGUGGGGGUCGAAAUAAUGCUGUAAAGCCAAGCACCGCACAGAAAGAAGCUACUGCAAGUUCAGCAGGAACUACGAAUAAAAGACCCGAAAGGGAGAAAGAAAUUGUAGGUAAUGUACUUCGAAGGAGCGCCACUUUGGAUAACUUAAGUAUAUGA